ACAGUAUGAAAGUUUGCCAAAAUGAUUGAUAAUUUGAGUUUCAAAAAGCAGCAUUUGCAUCCUACUCGAAGUUGACGCGUUCAGUAUCGUUGUGUAGACUUGCCACACAUCUGUGAAAACGGCGCCUGCACCGAACCACAGUCGAAUCGAAACGCGACUCGGUAGCCAGUGUGGAGAGUUGCUCUUUUUCCCGUGAAUGAAAGUAUCAAAAAAAUCGCCGCCUCUUCGCUGCGGUUGAAAAAUCGAACAGAACGUUCAGAAAUCCGCGACGUAACAAGUUUUCAAAUUGCUGGCGACGGUGCGAGUACCCUGGCGAAAAGAUCUGCUCGCCGAGCGCCGCGUUCGUGAUUCGUCUCUGGAGGGUGGAAAGAUAUGUGUUUGAACGCCGUCGUCGUUCUCGUCGAGUGGAAGUCAGUUUCGAUGACAGUUCUGGGUCCGUGAAAAAUUUACUAGAGCUGCCGCUUCGACGUCGCCGUCGUGUGAAAUCUCAUCUCAGACUUUUCGUACGGUUUAUUUUGCGGGCAGGGAGCGUGACGCGACCCCGGGCAGGAAAUCGGACCCGUGCACGGCUCAAGCGUUUGUUCGUUGGUUGAGGGCGAGGAUCCCCCGCGUGAAAAGACCGUCCGCCGAGCGGCCGAGCCGAGGCUAAGCUGCAAGUGUUUUGUGUAUUGCAUUGGCGACAUAACAGCCGAGAGUGAACCUGCGACUGUCGCCGGACCGACCGCAGAUCCAAGCAGGGUGCUCCAGGGAGCCCGCGCCCCACCGGACCCAGCCGAGGCUUCGCUGGACCCUGUGGCAUUUUCCCUCGGAUGAAUGAAUAAACGCAAAAACAACGGCUUUUUUAAACCACUAAAUUAACACGCGAUUUACAAUGAUGACCGCUAGUGAAGCUUGUGCCAUGAAAUGAACUUGAACUCUCGACUAGCGUAGUUUUGAGACAAACGACAAAACUAAGAGGAAACUUGCAAUCUAAUUGCAGAAGAACGUUUACAUCCAUCCAUAAUACCAUUUAAAAUACGAAAACGAACUACAUUUAGUACUUGGAAUUUCAAGAUGAUGUUGAAUAUUUUGUUGAAUGUUUGAAUUUUUAUACACAAUUGGAUCUCCAGCGCUACUUAGGGUUUAUGAUUUUGUUGCGGUGGCGCAAGUACGAUUUAUGAAAAAACAAGAUAUCACCUAGGACAUAGACUAUUGUAAUUGAACAAAAAGAAACUGGAGGAGACAUUGAACACGGAAAGUUGAGAAAACUUAUUAGAGUACAGUUGGUAAAAGUGGACAGAAACGCAAAAAGUGUUUGCAACGUUGAAGGAGCAUAGCUUAGGAAAACAUCGCAAGAAAAGUUGAUUGAUUCUACAUAGGGAAAACAGCAACACCACCCACAUCCAAUAGAAAAACCACUAAGAACACACAGCACCGAGCAAAAAUGUCUUCGGGAACAUUUGUUGAUCGUAUCGAUCCGUUUGCAAAACGUUCACUAAAGAAGAAAAGUAAAAAGUCUCAAGGUUCCUCACGAUAUCGCAACUCGCAAGAUGUUGAGCUACAACAGUUGCCACAAUUGAAAGCGGACUGUUCAAGUUUAGAACAAGAGGAAUUGUUCAUACGUAAGCUGCGACAGUGUUGCGUAUCGUUUGACUUUAUGGAUCCCGUAUCGGAUUUGAAAGGCAAAGAAAUCAAGAGAGCAGCUUUAAAUGAUCUUUCAACGUAUAUUACACACGGAAGAGGAGUUUUAACGGAAAAUGUAUAUCCUGAGAUUAUUAGAAUGAUAUCUUGCAAUUUAUUUCGCACACUGCCUCCCAGUGAAAACCCUGAUUUCGACCCAGAAGAAGAUGAUCCAACUUUAGAAGCAUCAUGGCCACAUCUACAAUUAGUUUAUGAAGUAUUCUUGAGAUUUCUGGAAUCACAAGAUUUUCAAGCAACCAUUGGAAAACGAGUUAUUGACCAAAAAUUCGUUUUACAAUUAUUAGAACUAUUUGACUCUGAAGAUCCGAGAGAAAGGGAUUUCCUAAAAACGGUUUUGCACAGGAUUUACGGCAAAUUUUUAGGACUACGUGCUUUUAUACGGAAACAAAUUAACAAUAUAUUUCUGCGCUUUAUAUAUGAAACAGAACACUUUAACGGCGUCGGCGAACUACUGGAAAUCUUGGGGAGCAUAAUCAACGGUUUUGCAUUGCCACUAAAAGCUGAGCACAAACAGUUUUUAGUCAAAGUGUUAUUACCCUUGCACAAAGUCAAGUGUUUAUCAUUAUAUCAUGCUCAACUUGCAUACUGUAUCGUACAGUUUCUCGAGAAAGAUGCAUCAUUAACUGAACCGGUAGUACGUGGUUUAUUAAAGUUCUGGCCAAAAACAUGUUCACAGAAAGAAGUGAUGUUCUUAGGUGAAAUCGAAGAAAUCUUAGAUGUUAUUGAUCCGCCGCAAUUUGUUAAAAUUCAAGAGCCUCUCUUCAGACAAAUAGCCAAAUGUGUAUCAAGUCCUCAUUUUCAGGUCGCCGAGCGAGCCUUAUAUCUAUGGAAUAAUGAAUAUGCCAUGUCACUUAUAGAAGAGAAUAAUGCUGUUAUAAUGCCAAUCAUGUUUCCUGCUUUGUAUCGAAUAAGUAAAGAACAUUGGAACCAAACAAUAGUCGCGCUUGUCUAUAAUGUUCUUAAAACAUUUAUGGAAAUGAAUUCGAAACUCUUUGACGAAUUAACAGCAAGUUAUAAAGCAGAACGGCAAAAAGAAAAGAAACGCGAAAGAGAUCGCGAGGAACUUUGGAAAAAAUUACACGAUCUGGAAAUAAGUCGUGGUGGCAGUGGCCGAUCGCGACAAGACUCAUUAAAUAGUACUUCGACUGGAUCAUUGCAGCAAUCAUUAAAUUCAUCGCAACACCACAAUCCGCUGCUGCAUCAACAGAACAACGCCGGCGGGCCGAAUCCGAUUCAGUCUUCGGCUAUUUCAUCUUCGUCCCCAACCAACAAUUCAAGCAUUGGUGGGGGCAUCAGUAGUGGGGGUGCGACUCUCGCCAAUCAGCAGCAAGGCAUUGCUGCAAAUUCGGGUGCUGGUGUUGCCAUUUCGGCGACAAAGUGAUGUAGUACUGAUUUAAUAACAUUGCAUUAACGUGUUUAUAUAAAUUAUGCAAGAAAAAAAAACAAAAAAAUAAAAAUAAAAAAUUAGACAUAAUAAUAAUAAAGAAAUAUUACAAAAUUAAAGAGUAAAAGCCAACUGCGAAAGAUAUAUAUGCGAAAUGAUAAUAUCCCUAGAAGGACGGAGGAGGAGGUUGCAAAGAGAUGAAAAAUUACACACCAUACAUAUAAAAAUAAAAUGAGAUAUAAUAAUAAUAUGAAUACAAAUAAAAGUAAAAAAUUCAAAAACGACAAACAAACAAAACUACAUAUAAAAGCUCUAUUUAAAUAUUGAAUAUUACAAAUUAGAAAUUUUGAUGCAUAAAGGGAAAUAAUAAAAGUAUAACAAAAGUAAAUGCAUAAUGCUGCUGCAUAAUAUCUAAUGAAAAUGAGAAGAAUGAUGAAACUAUAUUUAUUUUUUGAAGCGCUCGCUCCCUAGUGUAACAAAUUCUUUAUUUUUUUUUAAUAUCGAGUUUUAUGAAAGUCAAUCCAUAUACAACACUAUCAUUUAAAUAUAUAUAUAUAUAUGUAGACGUACGUAUGGAGAACUUUAAUUUGGAUUUUCACUUUCACACGUUGUUUCCAUCAUCUGAUCUACAAUCAUUUUCUCUUCCCCGCCUGCAACGAAUUCCGCACUAUUGUCGCAACCAAAAACACACAAGAGUCCGAAUAUCGAGAUACUUUUCUCUCCCAUUUUCCUUUCAUCUUUUUUACUGUAAGUUUUUAUUUUCUGUAUUUAAAACAUAAAAUAAAUAUGUAAUAAAAAUGUAACAUUAUGUAACUAAAAAUAAUAAAAAGAAAGCAAAUACAAAAUUAGUCAUCUCCCGUUUUCAUUCUGUUCUGAUUUGGCUUUGAGUUUCCUUGCUUUCCCGUCAUUAGACUUUCACACAUUGUUAUUGCAACAACUGUAUUAAUUGCUUCGAUAAUUUCACGAAGGAAAGGAUGAAAUUGUACAUUUGAAUGAGAAAAUUUCUACGUGAACACACGACACACACUUAUUAGAAAUGAUUUUGCAGCGCCAUGUAAAAAAGAAGAAUGUCCUUUAGUUUUCUAUAAAAAGGAGAAAUACUUUGAUUUGUUACUACAAGUGAAGUCAAAAUGCAAUCAAUGCUUAUUAAUAAAUUAUGAAUAUAUUUAAACACAUUCAUCGCCUCUAAUAAAAGUAUAUUUAUAAAGUAAAAACAAAAUGAGAAAAAAAUUACAGAAGAGAAAUGAAAGCGAACAAGAAAAAACAUAAAAAGCAAGCAAAAAAAUUAUAUUAAAUUAAACGCAUGGAAUAAAGAUAAUUUUAAAGUAAACAAGAAGAUGAAGAAAGAGAGGAACUAUUUUAGAGUAAGUCAUAAAAUUUACGAGAAGAAUUUAUAAUAGAAAUUAAACAAAAGAAAAACAAAACAAAAAAACUAGUAUUGUACGAGUUGAAUAGUUUGUACAUGUUAGCACGUUUCAUUCAAUGUAAAAUGCAGCAUUUUUUCUUAUAUAUAUAAAAAAUCUUUAUUUUUUAUUUUAUUUUUAUUAUUUUUUCGAUGAUGCUGAUGAGAUGAUGGUUAGACAGUUGUUUAAUUUUUUCUUUUACUAAACCAAUGUUAUAAGUUGCGUACCGGUUAAUAAAAGAGAAAAAAAUAAUUGCAAAUGGA